AUGAGUUUAGAUUUAGAAGAAGCUAACGAAACACAACAACUGAUGCAAAAUGAAGGAGAAGAGGAAGAACAAAAAGUUCAACCCUCAACUUCACCAGUUACAAGUAAUAAGAUGUCAAGUGGAGCCGCAAGUCUCACAUCGAAAAAUCCACAAAACAUAACUAGUGCAGGCAACAGUAGCGUAAAUGAUUCUACAAAAUUGUCCUAUGUUAACGAAAAGAGAUUACAUCGCGACUUUAUGCGGACAAAUACAAAACCAAAACACAUUCCGAAAGAGACGCCAGAUGUGAAGCAUAUGGAGAAAGCGCUCCUUGAACUACUUGACGAUUUUCAUACAGGGAAGCUGAGUGCUUUUGGUACUGGGUGUAGCAUGGAGCAGAUGAUCAAUAUAAGAGACCAGCAAGAGAAUUUGGCACGGCUUCAUUUCAGUUUGUAUGGUGACGCUGAGAAGCCUACCGAAGACAGUUUUGAGAAUAGCUCUAAUGAUAAAAUGGGUCAACUGGUUCAAAGUUUGGAGCAAUUGUCAGCAUCCAUUGAGCUACUCCAAUCUAAUGGGGCGGGAAAUUCAAGUAGUAGUAAAGAAUAA